AUGGAGGCCGACCGAAAAAUCGAUUUUCUCACCACCGAACUCGUGCAGAAAAUAAUUCAAUCGAACGACGACCUGAAGGAAUAUCAACUCGCGAAAGAAAAUGGUGUUACACUAACCACGCCGCAAGGUUUGGACGGAUUCAUGUCCAUCAUACAUCGGCUGCGUUUGAAUCUUCAGCACAUCAACAGCGGGGUGGUAACAACGGUGACCGUCAUGGUGAAGGUGAUGAAGGGUGACGAUGAUUUUCGCCAGAAAUCCCUCGGGUUGGUGCUGUUCCCUAAUGAGAUCAACGUGUACGGGUGUGUUAUCCCGGCGUUCGAGCAGCUUGUGCGUAGCUCCGGUGCGCAGCUUGAUUUCAAAACCUUAUGCCCGCGGAUCUUUCUGGCCGAAGCUGGCGUCCGAUACCCGGCCUACAGUGACCAAGAGGAAACGUUUCUCGUCAUGGAGGAUGUGUCGGCGAGCGGGUUUAUCCCUGGACCUCGGCUGAACCUCGAUCAAGCUCAUCUGCAGCUGAUGGCACGCAAGAUUGCCCAGUUCCACGCGUGCUCCUAUGCCCUACGAAUCGGGGGACAAUCGGAGCGACUCCGCGCAUUGGUCGAUCGUAUUAUUCCGCUGAACUUCAUCCAAGAUGGAAAGAUCUUCUUCGAAAGCUACGAUGUAGUGUUUAAGGUAGUGUUCGAGCGGUUAUUCAAAUACCUCGAGGGGAAGCCGGAACUGCUCGAUUCUGCAGGAUCGGAUUUCGUGCGGGAUCGAAUCCGGAAGCUCAAGCAACGGUACGGCACGACGCCGUCCGAGUUAAUGCAGCGAUGUUUGGCCCGGGAUGAGACCUACUCAGUGAUCCUCCACGGAGACUACAAUCGUAACAAUGUGCUAUUCCGUUAUGAAGAAGGAGUUCCAAAUGACGUCAUGCUGAUCGAUUUCCAAGAGAAUCGGUACGGUUCACCGGCUCUCGAUCUAUCAUUCUUUAUGUACAUGAACAUGCCUCCUGAGGCCUGGGAAAAAGGCGCAUGGGAACAACUGUUAACGCUCUACCAUGAGGAACUGAUGCGGUGCAUUUGUGAAAUUUUACAUCUUCCACCAAGUCACAGCAGUUUGGAACCAUAUCGGUUCGAAAAUAUGAAGCGGCAUUUGCAGCAACAUUUCAUCUAUGGUGCCAUAAUUGCGAUCAAGUUUCUUCCGUGUAUGCUGUCCAGUGAGGCGGAGGUAGAGGAGAUUGUACAUAAUUUCCACACGGACGUCACGGCGGACGCCUUUCGUCAGAUCUAUCUCGUCGCUGGUGGACAGGUUGUGAACGAUCGAAUCUCCAAAGUGAUCGUGCAUGCGGCGGAGCAGGGUUACUUGGAUUUGCUUGAUAACUAA